GCUCCCACCAAUGGAUUCAGUACCUUCGCUACCAAUCGUGAGUGGCGCGCGCGUCCACGUUCCGAAUUUGAAAUAAAAAAGAAUCGAUCUUAAUUUCACUCAAUAAUAAUCGAUUAUUUUGACUACUCAUUACAUUUGUGUGUUGACAACGAUGUGCAAUAGCGGAAUGUUUGUGUUAGUUUGAGUUGUGUUUAAAUGUCAUUGAGUAAAGUUUAGUUUCAACAAGUGAAAAUGUGACUGCCUCAUCGUGUUUUUCUCGUAUAGAAAAAUGGCUAUUGACGAUUUGAAGUGAAUGUAAAGAGAAAACAUGAAAAUGCGCGAGUUGAUAAGGAUCACGUUUGUGUGUGUCUGCGCGUUUGUUUUGGCGGUGCGGGAGGGGAGGGGGGAGGAUGUCGUUGCCGAGGGUCUGGAAGACGCAGCGGUCAGGCCUGAUGACCCGGUCGAGCAGAGAAAGGAUGCCAAAACCAGUCUUCUACCAGGUGGUGGCAGGCGAACAACAACACAAAGUACUGCGAACGCGACGAGGGACUCGCAGCUGCUGUCACUCCUUGCAGAGAGGCGGAGGAAGCUCCUCCACGGGAGGCUGGCGACGCACUUCAACACCUUAACUACAUUAGCACAUAAACACAAUAAAACGAAUACAACAUACGCCCAUUUAGAAAUAAGGGAUUCAAACAGCUCUAUAGUGAAGAGGCUUACGUUUGAUAACACCAGCUUGGGGCCGUCGCCCACGCUUAAACUACUCACCACAGACGGUACGAAAGAAAUACGACAAGAUGUCAAGCCACAUGAAGUGAGGCAUUUGUUUGUUCCCAGAGUAUUCCAAGACAACAGAAAUAGGUCAGGGUUCCGAAGAAGAGAUCCCAUUAGUCUAAAUAAAGCAGUAACUAUGCCUGAACAAGUUACUCAGAGUAGCAUAAUAUACGUCCCACCAGAUAAAUUAGAAGGCACUGACAAGGAUGAACUUGAUCCAGAAGAAGAGUUCCAGGUAGACGAGUCUAAUCAUGGAUUGUACUUACUUAAUUACUCUGACACAGAAAAUGUUACUCAAAAUCCUAAUUUAAAUAAAACUAUAAUUAGCAACGAAAUAAAAGAGAACACAACUUUAUACGUAGAGAAUACAACAGAUAUUGAUAGCUUAUCCAAAGAAAAUACAUCUGAAAAACCAAAUGAUGUAAAUAAGGACGAUAAAACAGAAACAAACACGAUCGCUAAUAGCACAGACCCAAAAACUACUAAGUUACAGAAAGUGGAAACUGAUAAAGAAAAAAACCAAACUUUAUUUAUGUCUGAUGAGAUAUAUAAUCACUUUAGACCUUUAGAAACUGAGCUGCCUGUUGAGGAAAUGGCACCUUUCAUAUAUUUUGGUCAGAAACUUGGGGGACCGGGUAUAAAUGAUAAUUUGACGAAUUCACCAUCUUUAUCAGCUUCGACAAAGUCCGUGAACUUCAUUGCUCCGCCAUCAGAUAAAAGAAAAUUCAACUCGAGGUAUUCUGCAACAGAAAAGUACAAAAAUCCGACUGCCGACGAAGAAGAAAUCAACGAAGACAUGGACGUUUCAGUUGUUAAGAAUAUAAUAGAAAAGAAUAAAAUAAGAAACACCGUUAAAGGUCCUGCGCCAGCUAGACAUGUUGGUUUAGUUAAUGCUUAUAGGAAAUUUUCUUCUACUACUCCAUCCACUAUAAAAGUACUAAGUAUUACACCAUUAAAUGUAACAGAGCCUAUCAUACAAAAUGUUACGACAAAUUCUGUCGAUCGAAGCAAAGAAAGCAAUCGGUCAAAUUCUACCAUGACUUCUAAGGAAUUGAAAUAUAAUUUCAACAACGCUACAAAGGAUGCUAUCCCUAGAACCAACACGACUACGCCAAGAAAUUUCACGCGUAAUUACUUCAAUAUAAAGCGACGACCACCUAGAGUCACAAUAGCACCAAGUACAGAAAUUCUUCCUACGGUAACCACUAAUGCAACAACAGAAAAAGUUGCUACAACUGUUUAUACAGCUGUUGUCACGUCAAUAUCUAUAACUUCUUCGAUGAAAGGACAAAACAAAACUGAUUUGGGUGUGAAAGAUAGCGACAAUACAACAGUUGCUAAUGAUGAAGCAAAAAUUGUUACAACACCAAAUAUAAUUUCAUUGAAUGAAACCGAAACAACUGCAGAAACUCCAUCGACGGCUCGACCUCACAGGCAUAGAAUAAGAAUACGAACUACUACGACGGAGGGGCCGUUAUCGCAUUCAAGUGAAUCAGCCCUUUCAGGAGCUUUAUCAUCUGUCACUAAUAUCGAAUCUGUAUCUCCAACUACGGAUAGAAUAGCCACAGUAUUUCGACAGAACGAAUACGAAAAUUCAACACCUAUCAUUCCUAUACGACCUAAAAAUAUUUUGAGAAGACGAAGGCCAACGACAACCACCACGACUACGCCCUUGCCUACGACGUCAAGUGAGAAGGCUACAUUAAGACCAGACACGACAUCAGCAAUGAAUAUUUUCACUGCACCGCAAAGUGUAGAAACGACAACUUUCAAGCCAUUCAUAGUCACUUCUAGAACUUCGUCAGAAUCGAGCUCGAAAUCGCUUGUUGUAUCAACUAAUACAUCAGUUUUAGAAACAAAAGAAAUAACCAACCCUAAAGAAGGCGAAUCGACAUCAUCACAAAACGAGGAAGUUGUAAUAGAGGCUGAGAAAACCUACACAGCAUCGUAUGUACUGGCUGGUUUGGGAUUUUUGCCAGUUGCUGCGAUUAUAGUGUUUGUUUUAAGAAAUGUGUUAAAUAAGAAGACCAAAGAUAUAGAUACGGAGUAUGAAGGCUACUUUGAUGAUGGGGAGAUAAAGAAAGAAUCACCUAUCACACCAGUGGCGCGCCCUCCGCUGCCCACACCAACCAUGCCUGAUCAAAAAUGGGAGUUUCCUAGAAAUAAAUUGAGGCUACAGACUUUAUUAGGACAAGGCAACUUUGGGCAGGUGUGGAAAGCAGAAGCAGACGAUUUAAACGGACAUGACGGACUGACGCGGUUGGUAGCGGUCAAAACGAUAAAGGAGACAGCUUCACAGAAGGAGAAGCAAGAACUCCUGCACGAAAUAUACAUAAUGCAGAAGAUCGGCACGCAUCCUAAUGUCGUGACGCUACUUGCUUGUUGCACUGAACAAGAACCGUACCUAUUGAUAAUGGAGUACGUGAUGUGCGGCAAGCUGCUAGCGUUCCUGAGGGAACGUCGUGCUAGACCUGAUAGAUUUGGCGCCAGCCCCGCGCUGACGUCACGGGAUCUCACCGUCUUCGCCUAUUGCGUCGCGCGUGGGAUGGACUACAUCGCUUCUAAGGGGAUCGUGCACCGCGAUCUAGCAGCGCGUAACGUCCUAGUGGACCACAAUAAGCUGUGCAAGAUCGCGGACUUCGGCAUGUCGCGGUCGGCCGGCGCAGGCGCACGCGCGGCCCGCGGCGCGCUGCCCGUGCGCUGGAUGGCGCCCGAGGCCUUACUCUACAACGUCUAUACACACCACUCUGACGUGUGGGCGUUUGGCAUCCUCUUGUGGGAGAUUGUUACGCUUGGUUCCACGCCAUACGCCACCAUGUCAGGGCGUGAGGUUCUCACAGCCGUCACAGAAGGAUACCGCCUUGAACGGCCCCCACACUGCAAACCACAGCUGUACAGAGCCAUGCACUCGUGCUGGCACGCGGACCCGUCCCAAAGACCAACCUUCGCACAACUAAAGUCUCAACUAGCAGAACUAUUAGAUAAUGAACCUUCAGAAGGGAACUAUGUGGAUUUAGAUUCAUUUUAUCAAGAUUCGUCGGUGUAUAGCGAUCCUUCAGCUAUUAUUAAUGACGAUGAAGGACUGUCAGCGGAGUAUGAUAGAGAGAGACGGUGUUUUAGAGAACUAGCGACCGGUCCGGCCAAGUUCGACAACCGUGCUUUCAACCUACGGGACGAAGAGUUGCGUAACAAAUUCGGCAUCGGGACGCCGAGGAUGGGCGGCUUCGGCAUCAGAGACGUGCCCUUCAACGAGAGAAACUUCUCCGACGGAGAGUUCAACGAACGCACCUUCAACGACAAAAAUUUCGCUGACAACAACUUCACAGAGAGGAAAGACGGGAAACUCUCUACUUCGAGUUUCCACAGAGAGAGGGAGAGAGAAAACCCUCUAGUUAGUAGGAACAGUUUCAAUGGUUUUCCCAGAAUAGGAACAAGGGAUGCCCACUUCCAAAUGACUCCUGACGGUAGAAAUAAAAGGGUGUCUGAAUUUGAAUGUGACAUUUAGGAUGUCGAAUAGGUUCAGUUGUGUUUUUAAAUCUUGAGUUGAGUUCGACUAAAAAUUAUUUUUUGAAAUGUACUUAACCUAUAGAAUGUGUGGUUACGCUAUUGUGUACAAUUAAAUAAAUCAUGAGUAUUAUAAUUUAAUUGAAAAGGAUAAUUUUACUCUAAGUGAGAAAGAGUAUUUAAAUAUGUAAAACACGAUUGAAUCAGAAAUUGGACGUAUUAGUUGGUGUACACAUUCUCCAGUAAAACGACUGAUUUUGUUAUAGAUAUAUUGCAUAGGAGUUUAUCACGCGUUAGCACUGAUUUAUCGAAAACCACGACAGACGAUUAGACUAAGGGUUUCAAACUUGAUAUUAUGUACACUUGUGUGGAUAUUGUAAAUAGAUUUUUUGUUAAUUUAUAAAGAUAUUUUUAUAUGGUGUGUUGUGUUUUGUGUAAAUAUUUUAUAAUCAAAGAUCUGCUCUUGUACUGUGUUUAGAAACUGGAAGUGUUAACUAACUAGCAUUAAGUAACCAUCUAAAACAGUCGGAAAACUACUUCUGUUAAAAUAUACUGUAGUACAGUCGGCUAAAAAAUUGUGGAUGUGAUGAAUUUCAAAAUGUUCGUAUUAAAAAUUGCGUUCCUAUUUCUAAACAACAGUAUGUGUUUAUGUAUGUUCAUUGUAUGAUAUAGCACUGGACUACAGACGUACAACAUGUGACCAUGGUUACAAACCGACAAUCUGUCACAUGUGACCAUGGUUACACAAUGACAAUCUGUCUUUUUGAUAUAGUAUUAACGGAUGUUUGAAAUACUAGAGCGGUUUCUUCUAAAACCCGGAAGAUGACGUAAGUUAAGAAUAUAACUUUCUUGCUCAUUAUGUCUUUUGUCUUGUUCUAUUUUUAGACUAGACUUGAGUCCAUUUCUACGUAAACUAAUGAUUACUUUCACGAGAAAAUUAGGAAUUCCUUAAAUGAAAGUUAAUAUUUAAAUGUGCCCCGCAUUAUAUACAGGUUUUAACUAGCACAUAGUAUAGAAAAAAAGCACUUAUUAACUUAUAUUUCGUAUUAAACAUGACAAAAAACUAAUGAAAUCAUUCCAUAUACAUUUUCCAAUAAUAUAGCUAUUAAACAAGGAAAAAUAAUAUGUUUUGUUUUGUUGAGAUACUUUAAUAUACAGUCCGUUUAAUUUGCGCAUAGAAAUGCGUAAAAUUAACUUUAUUGGAUUAUAAACUUUAUUUAUUUAUUGUUAGAUAUUGGAUGACCAAGGAAGUGAUUGAAAUCUGAAAAUACAUUAAAAAGUUAAUGCAGCAAUCCACAUAUUAAAUAAAAUAAACUAGAAAUUCCGGGGACAUAUAUAGUUACGAACCUAUUAUUUUUCGCCUAAUAGAUAAAUAUAUCAGUAACUAAAUACAAUGUAUUGCUUAAUAUUUCAAACUAUGAUAGAAAUAUAAUAAUUACCCAAAAUAAUAACAAAUUCUCGACAAACUAAUCAGCGACAUAAUAAAUUUUAAAUUCAGAUUUCAGAUAUUAUCAUUUCAUUAAAAAAUGUAUAAACUGUCGACUAUUUAAGAUAUCGUGAUAGUUCAUAUUAGGAUCAUUCGGUGCUAAUAUGAUAUGUAAAUAUGCAUGUAGCGUCUCUUCAACUCAGCGUUACUGUCUAGUCUUGCAUGUAUCGUGUGUUUGUAUAAUACUAGGUAAUAGAUUUGUAUUAAAGAUUUUAUUUUAUUUUAAAAAAUAAAUGUAUGUAUAAACAUUU